UUGCAAAGGAAAAUAGAUUAAAAGAAACCGGAAACAGAGAUAAAGCGCGAAGAACCGAAGCAGCGAAGAAUCGAAAACCCAAAGUGAGUAGGAAACUGUGGAUUUCUCUGCAAUUGAUGAAGUCCGUUCAGGGUUUUGGCUUUUUUUCGCGAAGAUGAGAUUUGAGUUUGCAUUGUAUGGUUUCUGGGCGGGUGAAUUUUGGGUCGUUUGGAAACAGAAAUAGCACUACUCUGGUUGGCCAUUGAGGUUUUCACCAGUCUCUGCUUAUAUUUUCCGAGUGUGCUUGUUUUGAGAUGUACAGAGCUGGAGAGUUCAUCUGCAUUGAAUUGAUAUGCGGGUGGGGAAAUUUGUAGUUUUUUGAAUUGAGCAUUACGGUAUUUUGGUGUGGGAACAGAGGGCCUUGUGAUUCUGUUGGAUGGUGUGUAAAUCUGUUUGUUGAGAAAUGCAACCUCAGCAGAGCUCCAGAAUUGACUUGGUUGAAUUGAAAACUCAGAUAGUGAAGAAGGUUGGGGCUGAGAGGUUCAAGAAGUAUUUUCAUUACUUGAAUAGGUUUUUAAGUCAGAAGCUGAGCAAGAGUGACUUUGAUAAGUCAUGUUUUCGCCUGCUUGGAAGGGAGAAUCUUCCCCUGCACAAUCAGCUUAUCCGUUCCAUCUUGAAGAAUGCAUGUCAGUCCAAGAUCCCACCACCAGUUUAUGAGUCAGGUCCCACAAAAUCUGCUAUACAAAUAGCAAAAGGUUCCCCUGGUAGUUAUGGGCAUGAACAAAGUGGAUCCCUUCUUCCGAAUCAGAAUCAAAAUGUGUCCAUUUGGUCGAAUGGGGUUUUGCCAAUAUCACCACGGAAGAUUAGGUCAGGGAUGCGUGAUCGUAAGCUCAGAGAUAGACCUAGCCCACUUGGGCCCACAGGGAAAGUUGAAUGUAUCUCACAUCAACCAACUGUUACAGAAGACGUUGGCAGUAAAGUUAUUAUGAAUAAUGGGGAAUUGACUCCGUGUGAUUAUCAAAGACCUACACGGCAUCUUCAAGCUGUUGCCGAGCAACCUCACAAUGAAAGGGAACGGCUGGUCCACUGGUCCUCUGAGAAACCAACUACACAUAGCAAAGGUCAGACAGCGUUUGUGGAAGAUGGGGAAGAGGUGGAGCAAACAAACCACUCGAGUUUCUCUAAAAGUCCAUUAGUUGCGCCUCUUGGAAUUCCAUUUUGUUCAGCUAGUGUAGGUGGGGCUCGCAAAACUAUGCCAGCAGCUAACAGUGGUGAUUUUAUUACCUGUUAUGACAGCGGUGUCUUGUCUAGUACAGAGAUGCUGAGGAAACGCAUGGAGCAUAUUGCGGCUGCUCAGGGUGUUGGAGGGGUUUCAAUGGAAUGUGCAAAUAUGCUGAAUAAUAUGUUGGAUGUGUACUUGAAAAAGUUGAUUAGAUCUUGUGUUGAGUUGGUAGGGGCAAGGUCACCACAUGAUUUAAGAAAGCAACCCAUCCAUAAGCAGCAGGUUCAAAGCAAAGUGAUCAAUGGAAUGUGGCCGAGCAAUCACUUGCAUCUGCAGAGCAGUAGUGGACAGAUUGAAGUUAUGCAUGAACAGAGUCCUCGGUGUUCAAUAUCUUUGCUUGAUUUCAAAGUUGCAAUGGAGUUAAAUCCACAGCAGCUUGGUGAAGAUUGGCCAGUGCUGCUGGAGAAAAUAUGUAUGCAUGCAUUUGAGGACUGAAACAUUCCCAUGAAGUUUUGUUGUGCCAAAGCUGUAAUUGGGUGUGGCUGUCAUGGUUCAAAGGCCUCAAUAACUGUUGUUGGAAGCAUUGAUGAUCAUGUUCUGUUUCUGAUAGCCAUGAUGAGCCAGGUGGCUCCCCUUCAUAUGGAGCUCAGCCCUUGCAGGAUGAAAUACUGGGUGUGAGCAUCCAAAAGUCUGUUUUUCCUCCUGCAGACCCUGUUGAAUAAGGAAAUUAUUUAACAGCAACCAAGCAAGGGAAACUUUUAAACAAAAUGCCCAUGAUUGGUUUCUCUGUUGUAUGAUAAGCAUCAGUUUUGGCUGACUUGUGUCAUCGCUACAGAAUACAGAUCUGAAGUCCAUCUGUGCAGUGUACAGCCAAUGAAGAGGAAAUCUAAGACAGUUUUGCAGGGAUACUUUUAUGUAGCUUGGGGAAAGGUAAAACCACUGGUGUAAGAGCUGUAAUGUUGCUCUUUUAUGUAUUUUUAAUCUGAGAAUUGAUUGGAAUUCCAAUAUUAAUAACACAUCAAUAUCCACUGACUUGUGCUUAUGCUUUAAA